ACCAGCCAGCAGCGGCAGUGGCUGGACCGGAGUGUGAUCGCUGUCCGGAGAGCAUAGAUGUGCAAAACCCCUGGAAUAUCCGUGCGCUGGAGAGGCCAGAACAGACCACCGUGGAGGACUGCCUUCAUCUAGUCGACAAAAGGGAAAGAGCCACGGGGGAAGCAUGGCGGUAGAAGAGGAAGGUCUCCGUGUUUUCCAGAGCGUUAAAAUAAAAAUAGGAGAAGCAAAGAACAUCCCUCCGUACCCGGGGCCAAACAGGAUGAGGGACUGCUACUGCACUGUCAACCUGGACCAAGAGGAGGUCUUCAGGACCAAGAUCAUCGAGAAGUCACUUUGUCCGUUCUAUGGGGAGGACUUCUACUGCGAGAUCCCACGUAGCUUCAGACAUCUCUCCUUCUACAUCUUCGACAGGGACGUCUUCAGGAGGGACUCCAGUAUCGGCAAGGUUGCGGUGAAGAAAGAGGACCUGCAGAAAUAUCAUGGCAAAGACACCUGGUUUCAGCUACAACCUGUCAGCGCUGACUCAGAGGUGCAGGGAAAAGUGCACCUAGAGCUGCGUCUGAGUGAAGUCAUCACAGACAGUGGAGUCAUCAACCAUAAACUCGCCACGCGGGUGCUGGAGUGCCAAGGUCUUCCAAUCGUCAACGGCCAAUGUGAUCCCUACGCUGCUGUCUCCUUACAAGGACCUUCAAGGUCGGAAGCCAAGAAGACCAAGGUGAAGCGGAAAACCAACAAUCCACAGUUUGAGGAGGUUUUCUAUUUUGAGGUGACACGGCCAUUAAGCUACACAAAGCGGCAGUUUGAUGUUGAAGAAGAAGACGUUGAUAAGCUGGCACUGAGGGUGGAUCUGUGGAACGCCAGCAACCUGAAGUUCGGGGAUGAGUUCCUGGGAGGUGUGCGUGUUCCUCUCCGGGUCUUGGGUCAGGCUGGGGUCCACGACGCAUGGUACUUUCUCCAGCCCAGGGAGAACGGAGGGAAGUCAGUGAAGGUGGAGGAGCUCGGCUCUCUGCGCCUGAACAUCGUUUACACCGAGGACCACGUUUUCCCCUCCGAACACUACACCCCCCUCAGAGAUCUGCUGCUGCACUCUGCUAACGUAGGGCCCGUGUCGGCGUCCACAGCUCACAUUCUGGGGGAGGUGUGUCGGGAGAAACAAGAAGCCGCCAUUCCCCUCGUGCGUCUGUUUCUUCACUAUGGCAAGAUUGUGCCUUUCAUAAGCGCCAUCGCUCACGCUGAAGUCAACCGCACACAGGAUCCAAACACCAUAUUCCGGGGAAACUCGCUGACUUCCAAGUGUAUUGACGAGACCAUGAAGCUGGCAGGAAUGCACUAUCUGCAAGUCACACUCAAACCCAUCAUAGAUGAGAUCUGCACAGAACACAAACCCUGUGAAAUUGACCCGGUCAAGCUCAAAGAGUCUGAAAACCUCGAGACGAACAGGGAAAACCUUCGGCAUUACGUUGACCGCAUCUUCAACGUCAUCACCACCUCUGGCGUUCGCUGUCCCACCGUCAUGUGCGAUAUCUUCUUCUCCUUGAGAGAGUCCGCUGCCACCCGUUUCCAAGUCGACCAAGAUGUCCGAUACACAGCGGUGAGCAGUUUCAUUUUCCUGCGUUUCUUCGCCCCAGCCAUCCUCUCCCCAAACUUGUUCCAUCUACGGCCGCACCAUCCAGAUCCUGCCACCUCUCGAACCCUGACCCUCAUCUCCAAGACGAUCCAGACCCUGGGAAGUCUCGCCAAGUCCAAAUCUGCCAAUUUCAAAGAGUCUUACAUGGCUGCAUUUUACGACUACUUCAAUGAGCAGAAGUAUGCGGAUGCUGUGAAGAAUUUCCUGGACCUGAUCUCCACCUCUGGCAAAUGGGAUCAGAAGAGUAUUGAAACACCGAUCAUGCUCAAAGAGGGAUUUAUGAUAAAGAGAGCACAAGGGAGAAACCGGUUUGGAAUGAAGAACUUCAAGAAGAGAUGGUUUCGCCUCACCAACCAUGAGUUUACCUACCACAAAACCAAAGGUGAGGGAGCUCUGUGCAGCAUACCCAUAGAGAACAUUCUGGCUGUAGAGAGGCUAGAGGAGGAGUCUUUCAAGAUGAAAAAUAUGUUCCAGGUUAUUCAACCAGAGCGCGCCCUCUACAUCCAGGCCAACAACUGUGUGGAGGCUCGCGACUGGAUCGACAUCCUGACCAAAGUCAGCCAGUGCAACCGCAAACGCUUGAGCACCUACCACCCUUCAGCCUACCUCAACGGCCACUGGCUCUGCUGCAAGCUGUCAGCAGACACAGCCACUGGGUGUACGCCCUGCACUGGUGGCCUCCCGGCAAACAUCCAGCUGGACGUAGAUGGAGACCGCGAGACGGAGAGGAUUUAUUCCCUGUUCGGCACAUACAUGACCAAACUGAUCAAGAUGCAAGAGGCCUGUGGCAGUAAAUCUGUGUACGACGGGCCCGAACAGGAGGAGUACUCCAGCUUUGUCAUCGAUGACCCCCAGGAGACCUACAAAACCCUGAAACAGAUCGUUUCAGCUGUGCAGACCUUGGAGCAGCAGCACACCAAGUACAAACGUGACAAGUUCAAGAAGACAAAGAUAGGCAGCCAGGAGCACCCGAUUGGAGACAAGAGUUUUCAGUGCUACAUCCGCCAGCAGUCUGAGAGCUCCACCUACUCCAUCUAGCCAUGGCCCUGUGUACUGUUUCUAUGAUGCCCAGAACCAGCAUAUUUUUCUUUACUGCACAGAAAUCCAUCUGAACAAUGCUCUGUGUCUAGUAUUGAGUUCUAAAUCUUUUUUUUUUCCUUAAAGCUAGAUUUAAAAAAAAAACUCCUUAAGGUGAGUCACUUAUUCCCAGUGCAGUGUGUCUGUGCUUGAAAAUGUUCCUCAAAGGGAAUAUAUUUCUGGAAGCAGGUGAUGCUGUUUUGGAAACAAGUUUCACCUAAAUGGCUUAUUUGGUCAGUUUUAAGGAAAAUAAGAGUCAAUACCAGACUGAAUGAGCUGUGUGGAUGGACUUUUUUUUUUUUUUUUUUGCAGUGUCUCAAGGUGCAUCACUCCAAAUUUUGGAGAACAGACCUCAGAUCAGCAAGAAAAAAAGAGGAACAAUUGUGGAGGAAAGGAGAGAUACGAAUGAAGAGAUAAUCACACCGCGCAUAUUUGGGUCUCCUUUCUGUGAUGAGACGAGAGAACAAACAAACGUUUUCACUGGACAGAAUUUGACAGUGAACAACACGCACUUUAAUCACCUCCAAAUCUAUGGAUGAACAAGCCUCGCAGCACACUUUCAAAAAGCUUAUUUUACCUGUUUGAUUUGUAUUUGGUUAUUUUAAUGGUUGUUGAAAUGAUCCGUUGUAUUUCUCUCUGGAAGGAAGGAAGGACUGUAAUUUUUCUCUCUUUUGGGUGGUGUUGUCCCAGCUCUUUUAUUUUAUUUUUAUCCCCAACCUUCUCAGGAAGGCUGUGACGGUCGAGGACACACAAGAAGGAAUUGUCGGGACCAAGCACAGCCAAGAGCAGCUUGAUGUUAGCUAUCAAAAAUCACUCCAUGGACAAUUUUAGUCCUCAUUUUUAAUCCUCAUCAUCAACGUGCUAAUAGGUGUAUAGGUUCAAGUUUUCACGUUUUGUUUGAAGCCUUGUUCUGUUGUGGUUGGACAUCAUGCCCCUGUGUAACCAGUACUUGAGUUAAAGGAAUAGCUUGUUUUUAUAGAGUUUUUGCUUGUUUUGCUUACACUGAGUCAGACAAACUCUGAGGAUUGAAUUUUGUGUCUUGGUAUGCUGUUUGAACAGCUUGCUUAGCAUGGCUGAGUUCAUGGAUGUCAAGUUGCAGCUUCUCUUUUAAGUAAGACAGAAUACACUGAGAGGGCCCACAAUCUGUGAAUUGGGAAUUUGUGCAUGAGCACAGAUGUAUUAAGUAAAAUGCAUUCUGUAACUGCAAUAUAAGCUAAAAUAAUAAUGUUCUACCAAUACAAAUUCAUUUGCCACUUUAUUAGGUACACCUACAAUCUGUCGCAAUUCAAUACAACAGCUCUGCUGUGAUUUCUACAUUUAGAGCAUUACAAUAUUCAGUUCUUGAUGAUAUGUAAAUUUACUUUUAUGUUUGGAGUUGCGGUCAUGCUUAAAGUUGUUGUACUGGACUACAUUAUAAUGAGAAGUGUUCUUAAUGUUUCGUUGUUAAUAUUUGCAUACACACAAGAUAUAUCUGAAUAUAAUGCAGCCCAAUAGAACACAGUGGCCACAAUGCAACAUGUGUAAAUGACUGAACACCUCUAUGACCUGAACGUAAUAAGAAUCACAGAAGUGGACUUAUGGCAGAACAGUUGUAUGAUUGUACAGGUGUACCUAUUGACCACUGAGUGUAUAUAGUAUAUAGUGUGCAUACAAAUUUAAUAAACACUUUUGGAAUUAAUUAAAUUAUCACAAAUGAUUUGCCACAUGCUGAGCCUAGAGCCAUCAGGGCCCCUGUAGGUCUGGGGCCCUUGACCAGUUAGUAGUGCAACCAUGGGUGACAUGCACACACACCCAUGGUGGAUAAGUAUUAGUAAUUCCAGAUAAGUAGCUUUAACCAUAACAUAACUGUUGCAGGGUCACAUACAUGGAAAACAGUGUAUUUUUCUGCUUUCAAGAGGUGCUGAUGCUUGUUUGUGACAUCCAGUAAUUAAAUUUAUAUAUACGUUGAAGGCGAUUCAACAUAGUUUUUGUUUUACUCUGUGUAACUAAAAAAAAGUAGUUAAAGCCAAACUAUCCCUUCAGCUGUCACAAAGCAGAAACUAUGUGUUACCAUGGCUCAUUAACAAGGAUGGUUUUUUGCUUAACUUCUAAUUAAUCAUUAUACUAGCAUUUUAACCAGUCUUGUCUCAAGUUAUGAUUGUGAAAUUGAUAGUGUGUUACUGGUUGUGUUGCCCUGUUGGCUGCCUAAUAAUGUAGUUCUUCUGUUUUGUGAGUUUAGCUCUGUCUUACUUUGGUAAAGCUGCGCCCUGUAGUUUAAAACCCAUUUCUGUGCAUUCCUCUGAGAAACUGCUGCUGUGAAUCUUACCUGUCAGCACCCCAGAAUCUGUUGAAGGUACAGGAUUUAUUGUUGUUCACCAGUUGUGUUGUUCUAUGCUACCCAAAGGCGACCACUCUCAUUAGCAUUCAUAUUCAUCAGCACUCACUCUCGCCAAAGCAGUGCAUGUGAAGUAUAGUUGUAGUCACAGCAGCGGUAGCCUCCGCAGACCCUUCUGUGCGAUCAGAAGAUGACAAACCACCACAAGAUUUUUAUGUUUUGCAAAACUAAGUACGUUUAUGUAGCCUCGUGAUCACAGGAUCCCGAACAGUGCCAGUCAUCACUUUUAUAAAAUUCUCUUUUUGAAAAACAACAAAAAAAAUCAUUGUUUAGAUAUGUUUUUUUUAAUAUCUCAAAACCUGUUCUGUUUUAAAAACAGAUGAGCAGUUAUUCCGAUUACAUCUUUUUCUUUGUCGAACAUGUUGAUCUACGAACUAGAGGGAGGGUUCUCAACACUUUGACUCUGUUUUCUAUCUUUGUCUUGUCAUACAGAAAUCUCGCUCUGUAUCUGAAUUGAGUGAUUGAGGUUUGUGUGUGUGUGUGUGGCUGUUUGUGUGUGUUUGUGAGUGUGCAUUUGUCAGGCUGUGUACGAGUGACUGACAUGACGGGUUGUAUUGCCAAUUGAAUUAACCCAGUGUUACAGGUCAGGCAGAGUCCCACUAGCCACUGCCUGUAAUUAUCUGAUCUAUUGCAUCUCCUCUUUCCUCUUGUAUAGAACCACUGUUCCAUUUCAAGGAACCUUUGCCAAUAUAUUCUCCCCAAACAUUUUAUGUAUGUAACUGAGUAAUAACAUUGAUGAAGCAUUAAGAGAGUAUUAACCUCUGAGCUUUGAUGAGUUUUUGUUUCCACCAGUCUCUAACUCUCCUCAGGUUGAUCAAACUCAGCAGUUUUGGGGGUUUUUUGCCAAGACCGAGGAGCCUCGGACUGAAUUAUAAACCACCGAACAUCUCUCUCUAACUUGGUAAUCAUAUUUAUUAUCAUUUUUAGCAAAACCUUCCCAGAAACAUCAGCUGAGUUGGUGGGGAAAUGGCAGUUACAGUAAUGGCACCUCCUCCACCCCAAAGAAAACACAAAGGAAUUACUUAUGCAAUAAUAGUGUUUCAGCAUGCAAUAAUAUUAACAACCCCUCAAAAAGCCCAUCAAAUUAUCACAAAUUAACAGCGCACAUUUGUUGACCUUUUGCAGUAAAAUAAAUGCCUCUUCAGAUAAACACAUAUUAUAAAGGGAGAACAGUGUAUUUUGUACAAAUAUUUUAAAAGUAUUAAAAUAAGCCUGUUAUAUGUGUACAUAAAACAAUUGAAUGAAUGGUGAAAAUGUGAUGUGUUUUUUUUUCUCCUGAAUAACUAAAUGAAACCAAUAUUAA